AUGGCAGGACGGCAGGGAAACGGUCAUCCAUGACUCCCACCUGUUGUUGUUUGACCAACGGAGGUCAAACGCGUCUUGCUCCUCAAGUCCACGUUUACAGGAAGUACAUUCCGCACUCGUUUGUUUGGUUUUGACGCAUGACGUGACGCGUCGCGACACGCCAGCUAGCCACCUUCACACCCUUACAUCGGUUAUAUUUGCGUAUCCAAAGUGACAGCUUUCCUUAGGUAGACUUUGUAAGCCAUAAACAUGGCUAAUUCAAUGCGACCCUGGUGUAGACAGCUCCAGGCUGUGUCCUUGAUGAUGUAUGUCCUGUUCCACACCAUGGAUGUUCAUGCACGGCCAGCCAACAUGUCAGCCUUAAAAGAGAAGAACCCAACCAGCAAGGAUGAAAAUGAGAUUCUACCCCCGGACCACUUGAAUGGAGUAAAAAUGGAGCUGGAUGGCCACCUCAACAAAGACUUCCACCAGGAGGUGUUCCUAGGUAAAGAGAUUGAGGAGUUUGAGGAAGACUCAGAACCACGGAGGAACCGGAAGAAGCUAAUUGACAUUUUCAGCAAAGUUGAUUUCAACAAAGACAGAAGUGUAAGUGCUAAGGAAAUGCAACGCUGGAUUAUGGAGAAAACAGAGGAACAUUUCCAAGAGGCUGUGAGGGAGAACAAGUUGAGUUUUCAUGCUGUUGACCCAGAUGGAGACGGCCAUGUGACUUGGGAUGAAUACCGAAUCAAGUUUCUGGCCAGCAAAGGAUUCAAUGAGAAAGAAGUUGCAGAAAAGAUCAAGAACAAUGAAGAUCUAAAAGUGGACGAAGAAACUCAGGAAGUUUUAGAAAGCCUGAAAGACCGCUGGUUUCAGGCUGACAAUCCCCCAGCUGACCAACUGCUGAAUGAACAGGAGUUCCUCUCCUUCCUCCAUCCUGAGCACAGCCGAGGGAUGCUCAAAUACAUGGUGAAGGAGAUUGUUCGUGACCUGGACCAGGACGGUGAUAAGGAACUGACACUGUCUGAGUUCAUCUCUUUACCCAUGGGCACUGUGGAGAACCAGCAGGCUCAGGAUAUUGAUGAUGACUGGGUCCGAGAGAGGAAGAAGGAGUUUGAGGAAGUCAUCGAUGCAAAUCAUAAUGGCAUUGUCACAAUGGAGGAACUGGAGGAAUACAUGGACCCUAUGAAUGAGUAUAAUGCAUUGAACGAGGCCAAGCAGAUGAUAGCGGUGGCCGAUGAGAACCAGAACCGCAACUUGGAGCUGGAGGAGAUUCUUAAAUACAGCGAGUACUUCACAGGCAGCAAGCUCAUGGACUAUGCCAGAAAUGUUCAUGAGGAGUUCUGAGGGCCCAGAUAUCCAUGUAACAGCCUCCAACCCACAAACACACCCACUACCACAAGCUCACUUCAAUACAGGGGGUAGCAUCCCACAUCUGCUUUUGGGAUGAUGGAAGCAAUGGGAUGUUCCAGUGUGCAAUUAUGUAUUAUAAAGCCCCGCUCCACUAGCCUCCUCUGCUGAUUUAAAUCAAGGCUUUUGAAAAUCCGCCCUUCAUAUCUGGACUGCAUUGUCAAAGUUAACCAUCGCCACUCUCUGUUUUCCAUUUGCCAUUGGACUUGCUUUGUACAGAUGGAACGUUUUAGUGAUUUGCUGUGCAUUAAAGGCACUGCAUAAACUCAAAUUCAUUUGUGUUGAUAUAUCAUGAAAUUUCUGUAUAUGAGGAAUUAAACCAGACUAGGUUUUCCCCUCCCGGUAGAAGUAGUAUAGGAAUAAUUUGCACCACUAGUUCAAUUCGCACCACAGGAUCUGUUUUUUUUUGUUUUUUUUUGGUCUGCUGCAAACUCAAUGAUUUUAGCUGCAAUAACUGUAUACAAUGUAAAUACUCAUACGUCCACAUUUAUCUCUGCUUAUGUCAAUAGUACUAAUUGAAGAUAAGGUCAGUGUAAUGCUACUCAGUUUACAGCUGAGGCACAAAUGGUCUUUGACCACAUCCUCCCGUGUUUUAAAAUUUGAUUUUUGUGAUCAGUGGCGUUAAAAUUCCUUGCAAGUUUCCAACCUGAUGGACGUCCUCUGUCCUGCACACAAACUGACUAAACUGUCUGGUGUCUUUGUCAGAUGAUUAAGUAACUGGAACAAGAUGUGUAUAUUUAAACAGCAGUAACACCUCAACAUCUGUCAAUGAGGGAAAUAAUUCCUUCUUACUGUUUCCUCUACCACUUUGCAAAGCAAUGAAAAAUAACAGAUAACAGAUCAUCGGUACCAAGCCAUCUUGGUUAUGUGCUGUGGUAAGAAGGUUUUGUUAAAUCAGAAUUUUGUUUCAAUCAGGUCCAUACUUCAUCUCUAUUCAGGUGUGCACUUUAUUCCAAAAGAGGUUAUUCUCAUUUUAAAGGCUUCCAUACUAUCUCUUCUUUGGAUCAGAGAUGAUGGAUCAAUUACUUGUCAGGGAAGUCCUUUCUUUGAUUGUAUAUUUUCUUUGUUCAUCCAUACAGCCAGACUUGUGCUUUUUUCCCCUAAAUGCUCAGAAAAACUAUAUAAUAUGCAUUCCUCAUAUUGCAAACUGCAUUUCUUGCGCUUUACAAUAUCAUGUGGAAUGCUGUUUCCAUCUUGUUAUAGUCCUUUCCUCUUUGUCCUCUCAAAGAAAAUGUACGAUAAGAUUUAAGAUAUUUGUGACAGCUUUAUAAAAUGUAAUGCAGAUUUACUUGUAAACAAUAAAUAUUUCAUAUCAAUCAU